GUUCUUGAUUCUAAAUUUACGCCUUUUUCUCAUUCCAUUUCUCUCUGUUUUCGUUUUUGCCCUCAAAUUUCAAAUUCUCCUCUUCCUGUUCCUUUGAAAUCCUUCCUGAAUGCUCUCUAAGUUGUUACUCUGAACGAUUUUAUGGCGAUUAAUAUCAUCAAAGAAGGCGAUCGAUCGCCUCGAAUUAUAUUGCAUGAGCCUACCGGAUCAACCGUCGAGGUGCUCUUGUAUGGGGCUCAGGUUAUUUCUUGGAAGAAUGAACGUAGAGAAGAACUACUUUUCAUGAGCAACAAGGCGGUUUGGAAACCACCUAAACCCGUCAGAGGUGGCAUACCCAUUUGCUUUCCGCAGUUCGCAAAUUUUGGUUCACUGGAGCAACAUGGAUUUGCUAGGAACAGGCUAUGGUUGUUAGACGAUGAUCCUUCUCCUUUAACACCAACUAACAAUCAAUCGAGUGCAGAUCUCGUAUUGAAAUCAACAGAAGAUGAUCUAAAAACAUGGCCGUAUAGAUUUGAGCUACGGCUUCGCAUUGCUGUCAGUGCUGGCAGGCUAACUUUGAUCCCUCGUGUGAGAAAUGUAGAUAACAAGGCCUUCUCGUUUACCCUUGCUCUGCGUAAUUAUUUUUCUGUAUCUGAUGUCAGUGAAGUACGAGUUGAGGGCUUGGAGACACUGGACUAUUUUGAUAAUCUGUCGAAGAAAGAAAGAUACACGGAGCAGGCAGAUGCAAUUACUUUUGAUGGCGAGAUUGAUCGAGUGUACUUGAGUACACCUACUAAGAUUGCGAUAAUAGACCAUGAGAAGAAGAGAACAAUUGUCCUACGUAAAGAAGGCAUGGUGGAUGCAGUUUUGUGGAAUCCUUGGGACAAAAAGGCGAAAGCAAUUCCCGAUUUGGGUGACGAAGAUUAUAAAACCAUGCUGUGCCUCGAUGCUGCAGCUGUUGAAAACCCAAUCAGCUUAAGACCUUUUGAAGAAUGGAAAGGUCGUCAAGAACUGUCUAUAGUGUCCUCAAGUUAUUACAGUGGGCAGUUGGAUCCACAGAAGGUUCUUAACGGCUUCCACUGAUCCCAUCCAGCAAAAUGCAGAUCUUCCAGUAAUUUUCCAGGUUUCUUACUUGAUCUGCAAUAUCAUUGUUGCUGCUGCCUUUUACAUUGGUUUGGUGUUUAGGGUCUGUUAGAAUAUUUGCAAAACAAGCUCCCUUGCUAUAUCUAUAUUAUUCCAGUUGAUCAGUGAGAAUGUUGCACUUAGAUAUGAUCUGAUCCACCAGACAUCUUUUAGCAAUUAACACCUGGUAUAAUUAGAUCAAAGAAUAGCCUCUCUUUUGUAAUUGUGUACCACUGGUAUCAAAUUUCAAUUAUGGGGUUCUUGAGCAACAUAUACCAUAUGUACCUAUUCAGAUGUUUGAGAUCAAUAUUUUUGGUACUGUUUUCUCAAAA